UAAUAUACAGACUGUUGACAGAAAUGGCGGACACGAGUCUCAGUUGGCGUUCUUGACUACAGCUCUCCGCCAUCUACUAUAGUUUGCCUAACAAAUUUGAAGUUGAAAAACAAAAGCUAUGGGAUUCAACACACUCGUUAUAUUUUCCAGUUUGUUCUUUAUUUUUAACUGUGCGCAGAUUUCCGCGACAGCAAAACCUGCACCAGUUGUCAGCUUCUGUGACCAGAAAAUGACUCUACCUAGUCAAGGCAUUUUUACUGUUAGGUUGAGUGAGGCUGUCAGUGUGAAUACAACAGUGACAGUGAACUGCUCUAUGGUUGAUAUUGCAAAGCUGAGCAUAUGUAAAAGACCAGGUGUAAUCUGCUGCAAGUCAAACUUUACAUCGCUGACAUUUGACACUGUCAUAGUCUCUGCUGGUCAAGCAACAGCAACUAUCACAUUCAACGUGACCUCUGAAGGGGAAUGCAUUGGUGUACAAUGCUCAGCAGCUUCAAACCAAAUGAAUGCAGAUAGGCAAUAUCAGUACAUGACAAACAGCUCUCUAGACUGGAGUUCAGAGGCUUUGUUUGUGAAAGACCAUGCUAAGAUCCAGAUGGUUCCACAUCAUGCUCAAGUCUAUGAUACAACCUUCCAGGCUUUUUUGUACCUAGACAAAAACCAGAACAUUGAUGUCACAUUCCAAUGCCAAGCCACCAUUGUAGGCUCUGUCAGAGAGGCGCUUGACCAGCAAAACAGUCCUCAGUGUGAUUUUGUUACUGCCACUACUCUAGCACCAACAAUUACCACUAUUCCUACCACCACCACUACAACCACCACCACAACUACUUCUGCCACCACCAAUGUUUCAACUCCUGCUCCAACUACAACAACCACAUCAUUGCCAGGCUUUUCCUCUCGAUGGGUGGCCGAAACCAACUCAUUUAAUAUACCUACAGGCAAACUGUAUUAUGUGGUGAAGACAAAGAGAGAGUUUCUUGUGACUGCACCAGUGCAGGAGAUUGUGGUGACCACCUGCUGUUCUGUCGGCAACUCAUCAAAGUACACUGGUUCAGCAGUUGCCAUGGUAGCUGUGGCGGACCUUCAGCCCCUCGUCUGCACAAACUGCAGUGGUGGUGUCACGGACACCAGCCCAUCAACUGAACGAUUUGUCAUCAAUCCAGCAUAUCAGGAGGUUGCACCCUGCCCUUGUGACCUAACCUUCCGGGCCUGUGACAUCAACUGCUGUUGUGACCAGGAAUGUAUUGCCAGUGAGAAGGAGACCUUCAGAGCCUGUAUUCCUGGGUUGGCUGGUGGUCAGGGUCAAGAUCCCUAUCUGCACAGCUGUCAGUCUGCCCACUUUCCUAAGGUUGACUGGUUCCCAGUCAUGUGUGUUCAAUUUGAAAGCAAUGCCCUGCUUGGUUAUUUCUACUCCAACACCCAGAAGCUGACAUCACUGACCGACAUCAACAGUCUUGUUGCCCAGAAGACAGAUCUCUUCACCUACAGGGAGGCAGAAAACAGAUAUGCUGAUCUGGAUCAAGUAUCUGGUUACAAGGAUGGCUCAGUUAUUCUCACAGUUCUGGGCGAAGGCUCAUCUUCAGUGUAUGGUACCUUGUCUUUGCCCCAGCAAUCACCAUCAGGUCAAUGCAUUGACUCUGCACCUGUCCGGUAUUUACGCAACUCUCAGGCAGCAUGCAACAGAAAGCUGACGGAAGCUACCUGUGGCAACUUUUCUGUGUUUAGUGCACAGAGCUAUAUUGAAAGUAGUGGCAUAUUCAACCCAGCGUGCCCACGUACCACUGUCAGCUCUUCUGGUCAGCUUGGUAGUAAUGUGAAGGUUGAUGUUGCCUACUAUUGUACCAGCACUUACACCGGCUACACUAGGUUGGCACAGACUUAUGCCGACUCAGUGCAACCAGACAAAGAGUACUCAUUCAUCUCAGGCCUUGGUAAUGUCACAUGCACUGAUCCGUGUCAGGAAUGUUUCCUUUAUAAUAGUGGCAGACAGGAGGAGAUUUCAAACCCUCUGCCUGCCAGAUGUAAUUUUGAUUCUGAUUUUGACCUGCCUCCACCCCCAGUCUUUGACCAAAUCACGUCAUCCUGCCAGAACUUUGUGUUAGAAGUGCGUUAUGACAUUAAGUGGGCAGGACAAAAUGUGGUGGGGCUAACAGCGCACGUGGUGCUUGGUACAAAUAUGACAAUGACAGCUGCAAAAGACAUCACACAACGUUUCCAAGUCACUUUUGUCCACAACUACACCGGGCCAUCAAACCAGUCAGACAACUUUGACUCUGUGACCACACAGUAUCAGCGCUCUGGCCGGCCAGGAUAUGACCUUGGCAUGCCUUUGCAAACAGGCUGCACUCAAAUCAAUAGCACAACAGGAGCAUUUGAAGGGGUAAACACAACACAGGAAAAACAGAUGGCUGUGUUCAGUCCCGGUCUUGACGGUCUUUGUGAAAGUGCCAGGCGCCGAACUCUGACCUUUGGUGAUAAUAUGAUGUCCAGCUGCAUCCUACGACUCGCCAUCAACAGCAUCAGUAACUGUGUUUCUCUCAAGCAGCUGAUAUUGAAUCAUUUAAAUGUCCUAAUGCCAUCUGGUGUUAUUGGGCGUUUUGGCUUCAGCAACUCCAGCAACAAGAACAUGUGGAUCACAGUUCUCAGACAAAGCCCUUAUGACCAAGAGGUGACAGACACAAACACCACAACAGCUGCCACAACAACCACUGCUGCUUCAAAUACCCCAACAGCAGCAAACACAACUGCAGGAGGCAUGGAGAAUGUGGAGGUGUCUUUACUGUCUAGUCGUCAAGGCAUCUGUUACAACAUCACUACUGGCAUUCACCUAGAGAUCAUGUAUGCUGAGACUGGUCGCAGCAAGGGUUAUCCACUGUUGGAGGUGGUUGGGGCUAUGAUCAGAUACUCUCUGGGCAACUGGAGCAUGUCAUGCACGGGGGCAGACUCUGCAGGCUGUCUGAACAACAGCAUACACACCCAGUCUUUUGUUUUGACCAGCUCUGUUCAGUUCACCCAAGUCUCACCAACAACUCCAGUUAAACCUAUUUUAUUUUAUACAAUCCACAACAAAGAAACGUGCGACUCCAACUCCUGUUAUCGGUUUUUUGAAGACUUUGAUACAUCAGUAUGCCAUUUUGACACAUGCUGGUAUGAGUUGUUUUAUCCUCUGACAUCUGCAUAUCGUGGAUAUGAAGGUCUUUCUUAUACUAGAGCAUUCAGUUUACUCUUUGUUUUGUUCUUCAUUGGAUAUAUUGCUGUUAGCAAACCAUGGAAGUGAGACAGCUGAAACUGUUUAUGUAGGUGUUCAACUCCAACAUUUAUAAACAUCGAAGGCAGCCAUGCAUUGGUGUUGUGUGCACAAAUGCUAUUUUAAGUUUCAUAAAUCUGUUGCUACCACAUGGGUUUGUGUAAGCAAGACAAUUUAGGGAGAAUGUGUUGUCACAGUGUGCAAGAGAAAGUGCACAUUUGUUGAUGGUGCAUGUUGUGUUCCAUGGUGUUAAGCAUGUGACAUAAUCCAUCUGCUUGGGUAUUGACAACUUUAUUAUAAGCAUAUCUGUCCAGAUGUUCACAUUCUGGUGUAUUAAAGAGUGGCAGCAUUUGAUAUUUUUAAGUCUAUUAGUUUUAUACUGAACUGCUAAUGUGAAAACUGAAUUCUCAUUUGGUCCUUUUAGUUGUAUAUAUAUAAUUAUUUUUAAUAAAUUAUUUUCACAGA